AUGUUCAUUCAGAUUGGUUCUGGAACUGCGGCCGUGGUUGCGUUGAACCUUCAGUGUAUUCCACACAACGCAAUCUGGGAUAUUACAAUUCAGGCGACAAGCAAGUGUUUUGAUCUAUACAAGCUCCAAGUGGCAUCCGCGAGCAUUCAGCUGGUAUCCGAUAUUUUAAUCCUCUUGUUGCCACAAGAGGUAAUUUGGAAACUGAAGAUGACUUGGAGGAAGCGCUUGGGAGUGUCCGUUAUCUUCGGACUGGGAUUGCUUGCCUGUAUUUCCGCCGCCUUUCGACUCGAAACAACAAUCAAACAUGGAAAAGCUGCAGAUGCUGUUUGGACUUUGCCUCCCUUGGCCUUUUGGGCAACCGCCGAAAUGACCUGUGGCUUCUUCAUCGUCUCUCUGCCAUCUAUUCCUAGAAUCCUGAAAGAAACAGGGCUUGGUCUCAAAAUCAAGAGAGCAUUUGGGAUGACUACGGGUGGAAGUACCUCCAAGAAGAACUGGGAGAGUGACGCAGGAGUUGGCUUGAGUAAUCACAGUAGACUGGGAGGAAAUUUGGAGAGCAGUGCUUACUACAAGUUGGACCACCUGAAGACAUCCGAGUCCACGGAACAUCUGCACAGUGCGGAAGGAGACGCGGGUAUCGUCCGCACAACGCAGAUCACUGUUACUCAGGACACUUCAAGCGAAAAUGAGGAUAAUAAGUAUAGAUAUCGAUAG